AUCACAGGUACCACUAAGGUACAGGAGGUUGGCACUUUGCGCGCACCAAGAGGCGCCAAUGGGCUUCUGCGUCACUGGCCCGCUCGAAUUAUGUACCUACACGUACUUUACCGACCACAGUUUGGACGUCAGGCACGAGUGGGCGCUCGCCUUUGGGAUCAUGCUAGUGGCACGUUGACCAACGCACCUCGAGGAUGUGGAAGCUGGAUAUUGCAGUACCCGGUAGUAAGUUAGCACUCGAUUUCCGAACCCCUGCCAAAGUCAAGGUAGUAUCCUCUUCAUUACCUGGGUACUAAGGUUUGACCCCUGGUUAAGAAUAUUGCUACUACUUACCUUACAGUCCCGCCAACUUCUGCUCAUGCAAACGAGCAGGCCCCCGUCACCAUCAAAACUCGGGCCGAGUCGAACAGCGCCCCGGUGCUCAGUAGGAUAGACUGGCAUCCACCUUGCGAGUCCCGCUAUCGUCCGGCCGUCUUGCUUGACCGCCCACCCAAACAACUCUAGAGCACCGGUCGCCUGCAGGGCAGUCCACCACUUCCAGCGGCUGAGUUCACAAAAGGGGGCGCAUCACACAAUCCUUCCUUUGUUGGUUGGCCCACGGGCUGGAAUCGCGCCGCCGGCGGCCGUGACGGAAGGGCGCCUCCACAAUCGUCACUGCGUUGCCGCUCUCGCUCUCGCUCUUGCGCCCCCGACUCGCUUUCAACCACCCCCACCUCGCCCGAAGAAUAUUGGCCAUGCCGUCCUCACCGCGCACGCCGCGACAUUCGCGCAACUCGUCGGCUAUCGACAGUGUCCAGGCGUCUCCGCAUGUGCGGCGCCUGUCCAAGUCUUCCCUGCACGAUGGGAGCAGCAUAGUCCACCAGGACUCUCUGGAGCUCCACAUGCUUGGUGGCGUUGCUGCUUCAGGCAACGGCAUGGGGAACUUGGCAGACGAACUCGCCGAUGCACUCACUGACUCUGAAGAGGGGGAGGAUGACGAUGACGACGAUGACGAGCUGCCGCGUCAGGUGGACACGGGCGAGACGGCCGACGAUGGUCACGCCAAUGCGGUCGAUGCAACAGCGAUAGAGCGACACAAGAACUCGACCGCGGGCGGCAGCUGGGUAGAAGAUGGUGGCGCGCGAGGCAAGGACGACGCACUCGGCAUACCCUCACCUUACAGGAGAGCUCAUCAGCGAAAGGAAAGCGAGUACGACGGCAGUGAAUAUGGUUCAGACUCGGACCUCGACGCCGCGGGCAUGCCGCCUACCUUGAUCGCCAGGAUUGACGCCGUCGAGUCUCUGGCUAGGCGUGGAACGGGGAGCCUUGGGGGAUCUGCAGACGACAUAUUCCAACGAGUCACAGGUGGUCUGCGGGACUUGGGAUCGCAGUCGGUGGUGGAGGGGAGUGCCUCGAGGUUGAUCACGGCUCACACAGCGUUGACCACACACCUUGCCCACCAGACACGACAGCUUCACAGCCUUACAUUCCCGCUGCUGUCACCUUUGGCGCCUCCGCCAGAUGUCGACAUUGUAGAUGAUCUCGUUCCACUUCUGUUGUCCCUAUCAGACGCCAUGCCUCGGCCAUCGACAUCGGCGUUCAACUCACUCGCAGCGCUUCACUCUGUCACAGCAGAUUUGAUACAGACAUUGAGCUAUCUCUCGGACACGCUGCACAUGUCGCGCCAAACCACUUCGAGUGCGACGCGGAAACUCAAGAGCGCCAAGGAAUUGGUGGCUGAGAUGCGACGAGAAGAUGAGCUGCGAGAAGAAGGCGAGCGAUGGCUCAGCCGUGGGAAUUGGGGGGAGAGGUUACAGAAAAGAGAAUGCGCUGGGGUGUGCGGCGAGGUCAUUGGGGGCUUCGAAGACGUUUGCAACGGCCUGCGGCAGCGGCUUUUGUCGCAAGCUGAGCCAAAAGCGUGAUACCAGUCCCGAAUGAACAGCGACAUGCACGGAAAUGGCAUACCCUUGGAACUUUACUUUCUUUGUUUCCGCGAACACUCCACAAGCGUUUGGAAUUUUCCUUUGUCGCCGCUACCAUAUGGAAAGACCUUGGUAGAUACAAAUAGACACACACGAGUACGCGGCGAUGGCGUACAAGAUGCAGAGGGGGUUAGGGGCUGAUGUGAGGAGGGCUGUUGCUUGACACUAGGCCAGGAGCCUAUCUGACAUGGGAAGAGUCGGGUUCAGCCGCAGAAUUGAAUGAUCUACCUGUUUACCCG